AUGGGUCCCCCGAGGGCACUGGAGGAGCCCUCGACCACAGACAUGGGCCUGAAGUUCUGGGGCACGAGACCCGACAAGCGGCCCGCGGAUGACAUAGCGCUGUCUUCCGGGUCAGAGAGCGACGCGGGAGCCGUGGCACCGCUGACCAGCACUGCCAAAAGCGGCAAGAAAGCUAAAGCGGGGAGGCGCCAAAGUGGCCCUAAAAACAGGACGGACCCGCUGGGCCAGGCACCCAUCGUCCUGGUCGAGCGCUUGCCGCUCAGCUCCAUCUCGCACUUACCGCAGCAGGAGACGGAAGUGACCGAGACCAGCCCCAACUCCUUCAACACGGGUGCCGAGUCGGACUCGGCGCGGAGCGGGGGCUCGACGCACGACGCGGGACUUGCCCAGGCGAAGCGGGAGCUUCACCGCCUGAGGCGAGAGGAGCUCCAGCGCAAGGCCGAGCAGGAGCUGGCAAGCCUCACGCGGUCGCUGGCGCCUGGAAAGUCCCCUAAGAGUGGCGGGACGAUCUCGGGCCCACCAGACACAGACGGGGCGGACAACAGUGCGGCGUCGCUCCACCAAAGGGUGAAAAACAGCCUCAAGACGGUGGAGUUGGUGGCCACUGGGUCCGCCAACCUAAAGGGGACAUUUGUACGGGCCCUCAAGGUGGCUGUCGCGUCAAUCGGGGAAGCGGUCGAAGACCUGAAGGAGCUUACUUCCUCCGAAGAGACGCGACGGCUACAGAGGCAGAAUGCCAACUUGAGGGUGGAGGUUAAGGACCUGCGCUCCGAAGUGGAGGAGCUGAAAGCGGAGCUCCGGGCCCACUUCAAGAAGCAGGCCCCGCCCUCCUCGUCCCUCCCCAAAGAGGCACCACAGCCCGUCACUGUCCCCCCAGGACGUUCCGAUGUGGACGAGCUGGUCGGAGCAGUCGCGGCCAGGGUAGGGCGGAUGCUCGACGAGAGGCUCGGAGCUCUCGAACGCGACGGCAGGCUUUUGCCAGGGCGAAAAAAGGGCGACAAAAAGAAAGCCAAGGGUAAAGGCAAGGGUAAGAAGAGCGCGCCGAAACCGUCAGCGAAGGCCACCGCCACCGAGAGUCCUCUUCCACCCGCUGCCGAACCCCCCGGCCAGCGGCCGCCACAUCCACUGACGAGGGCUGGAAGGUGGCGGUCGGCGGCAGAAAAAGAGGAGGAAAGCAGCAGCAGCGACCAGGGCAAGGGCGCCCCAGCCGCUGUGGUGCUAACCCUACAGCCGGAGGCCAUUGAAAGCGGUGUCAACUACGCCCAGGUGCUCUCCAGGGCAAAGGAGACAGUUAACCUGGAGCAGUUCGGCAUCACCGCCUUGAGAUUUAAGCGGGCAGCCGCUGGCGGCAGGGUACUGGAAAUUCCAGGUGCUGCCAGCGGCGAGAAGGCUGACCUGCUGGCCGAAGCGCUAACCGAAAAGCUGGGGAGCGACGUCGUCAGAGUCUCCAGGCCGGUGAAGUGCGCGGAGCUGCGAGUCACCGAACUCGACGACUCAGUGUCCCCUGGCGAGGUGGUCGCUUCGGUCGCUAAGGUCGGCGGCUGUUCAGAGGGCCAGAUCAAGGCUGGAGAGGUAAGGCAGGAUGCCUCCGGCCUCGGCACGAUCUGGCUUCGCUGCCCAGUCGUCGUAGCCAAGAAGGUGGUGGAGGCCGAUCGAGGGCGACUCCAGGUAGGGUGGGUCCGGGCAGCGGUAAAACUGCUGGAUCAGCGUCCCAUACGGUGCUUUAAAUGCCUCGAAACGGGGCACGUGCGGGCAAACUGCACCAACGACGCUGAUCUCAGCGACGCCUGCUACCGCUGCGGCAAGCCCGGCCACAAAGCGGCUGCCUGCUCGGAGGAGCCACGCUGCGCCAAGUGCGCAAAGGAGGGGAAAAAGGCCGACCAUAUGCUUGGUUCCAAGGCGUGCCUAACCUCUGCCCCGAAAAAGGCGAAAUCGAGAGCUGGAGCCACCCGACGGGCCCCAUCCCAGCCCAGGAAGUCCCCAGACAUCGCUAUGGAGACGCAGGAGGUGGACCCAACCAACGUCGAAUAG